AUGAUUUUUUGGAUUGAUAACACUAGCAUUUAUGAUUGUAGAACCUAUAGUCUAAUUAAACCAUAAUAGUAUGAUGUUGCUAUAAUUUUGGAUUACAUUAAAAUGGAAUAACAGCAAAAUAGAAUAGAUAUAAAAGAGAAAUUACCAAAAUUAUUAAAAACUCUAGCUUUAUUGCUUAUAAUUCAUAACAAAAAUGAUAUUUUUAGAUUACUACAGAUUUUAGCAUCAAAAGAUUUUAACUAUACAAAAAUUUUUAAUGAUUUUAUGAAUAAUCCAGCAGCCUCAUGGUAUAUUGAUUAGAUGAAGGUAGAACCAGUUUAAAUGAUUAUGCAUCAAUACAUUUAAGGAGAAUAUAAGUUUCUAGAAGGCUUAUUUCAAAAAAUAAUAACUUCAUACGAAUAAUAUUUAUAGAAACUAAAAAGUGGAUAAGGAACUUCAGAGUUAAAUUAAUUAGCAGACCUUUAAUCAAAUUAAAAUUAAAUAUCAUCUAAUAAAAAGAAAAGUAAAUUAUAAAAGAAUUAAAAAUAAGAAAACUAAAUAAACAAAAUUUAAGUAUCUUAAGUUUAAAUAGAAAAACCUAAUAAUUUAAUAAAAACGAGUGCUGAUGAAAUCAAGUCUAAUUAAGAUUAUAAGAUAUAAAAUCAAUCGACAAAUACAGAAUAAUCCUAAAAGCAAAAUACAGAAGUUAUAUAAUAAUAACAAUAAAUAAAUAAAGAAAAGAAGCUUAUUACAUAAAUUGAAAUAGAGGAUAAGCUACAAUUUUAAGAAGAUUAAAAUGAAUAACAUAAAUAAUAAUCAGUAUAAUAGUAGUUAAGUCAAAAUUAAUAGGUUAUAUUAAAUUAGAAGUACCAAAGCAAUUAAGAAAAUCCAAAGGGAUCUUAUUUUUCUGAAUAACAAAAAAUUUCAUUAGAAUCAGUAUUUAAAGAUGAUUUACCAGAUUAAAAAAGUAUAGUUUCUUAUAUUAUAUUUAGUGUUUGAGAUAGUUAAAAUUUCAUCGGAUAAGUCAAUGCAAAAAUAAACCUAAUUACAUGAUAAACAAUUAGAAAAAUUAACAGAAAAAUCUGAAAAAAUUAUUAAUACUGAAUAGAAAGUAACAAUAAAUUCUAACAAUGUUCCAGAACCAGAUAAAUUUAAUUAAUUUAUUGAUAUCUUAAAUGAUAAAGAACAAUAAGAGUUUGAAUUUUCUGAAGAUACAGAAUUAAUUAAAUUAUAUGAUUUACUUAAAGAGAAAUGUUAAUAGAUUGAGUGUUGGUCUAAUUUUUAAGAUAGAUGUCUUAAAGCAAUGAGUGAUAAAGAACUUGAGAUGAUUAUGUUUGAAAAAUUACCUAUAUUAAUGAAAAGAUGGGCAAUCAUAACAAAGAAAAAUGUUACAGAAAUGGAAAUUAAGCUUAAUCAAAUGCCAAUUUAAGAAACAAAAAGUAUAUUGAUAGACAAUAUAAAUUCAUAAGAACUGAUAAAAGAAAUUCAUAUUGCUUAAUAGAAAUUAGAGAAUUUUUAAAAAGCAGAUGGUAUAGUUAAUUUAGAUUCUAUUAAUAAAUAGUAAUCAUAAUAAUUAAUUAAAUAUUCAAGCAAUUAUGAAUAAGAAUAAAGCUUAAAUUAAAAUUAAAAGAAUGAAAUUAAAAAUCUAUAUGAAAAUUAAUAAAUUUAAAUUCAAAAAUAACAAAAUUAUUCAGAUUUUAUCAAUAAAGAAAACAAUAGUAUUAUAUCUAAAUUAGAUGAGAAUAAAUUUAUUAACCAAAAUUAAUUACUUUAUAAUGAAAUUUAAGAAGUGAUUCCUUGUGAAAUUAUUAAUAUUGAUGAUGAGAUAUUUAAGAGUUAAUAAGGAGAAAGCAAAAAAGGAUAAUUAUCUAAAGUAAUUAAAACUGCUUCAAAUAGAUUAAAUUCAGAAACUUCAAAACAAAAAUAGUAAUAAAAUGAAAAUGUUGAUAAAUAGAUCAAAUAAUUAGAGUCUUAAUUAUAAAGUCAUUCUGAGAAAUAAUCAAAUAUUAUAUGUAUUGAAUCUUCAAACGAUGAAAAUAUCUCAAAUAAGAAAAUGCAAUAACCAACAAUUCAAUAAUAAUAAGCAGAUGAUUGCAUAAUAAUCUAAAAAUAAAAUAUAGUUUGUCCUAAUAUACAAUCAGGUAUCAAUUAAAUUAAUGAUGAUAUUGAUAAUCUAUUUGAAGAUAAUAAUGAUAUUUUUAGUCCAGAUUCCAUAGUAAGUUCAUAAUCAAUUUUGAUUAGUGAUUAGAGUAGCAUUAAAUUUAAUGAAAAUUAAACUAAUAAAAAAUAAUUUGAUUCUAAAGAAUAAUUAAAUUAAUAAAGUAACAAAGACAUUUUAAAAGUACAAGAAAAAAAUAUAAAAGAAUAAAGGGAUGAAGAAUAUAAAUCUAAAGAAAAAAAAUAUUCAGAAUCAGAUAUAGAUAUAAAAGAGAAAUAAAAACAUAAGAAUAAAAAGAGAUAACAUUCAAAAUAAAAUAGUGAAAAUAAAAAAACUAAGUCUAGAAGAAAAGAAUCUAAGAAUGAUAAAAAAGAAAAGACUAGAGCUAAAAGUUCAUAAUAAUACAAAGAAAAAGAAAAGAGUAAAGAUAUUAAGAAAAGAAAGAGUAGUGAAAAAAAGAGUGAUAAAGAUAUCUUUAAAACAAUAUAAGCAGAAAAAGAAGCAAAAGAAAGGUAAAAAGAAGAAUAGAAAAAAAAGGAAAAAGAAAAAAUUCAUUAAGAAAAUAUCAAAAAAGCUGAAUAAAGAUUAUAAAGAAUGAGAUCUGAUGAAAUUGAAUAUUAAAAAGAAUAUAAUUAUCUUGAAUAACAAUCUAAAUUAAAAGAAAUGAAAGAAAGAGAAUAAAAAUAAUAAUAAUAAUAUCAUAAUAAGAAAUAUUAAUAAAUAAAUUAAUAAUCUCAAUAAAAUUAUAAAAAUGGUAAUUUAAUUUAAGAACAAAAUUAAAAAUUAAAGUCAUUAGAAAGAUAAAUUUAAGAUCAAUAAUAUGAGAAUAUAGAGUCUAAAUUGAAAAAUAAUAAUUAAUAAAACCUCUAAAAAAUGUAAGAAGGUUAACCAUAUGGAUAUAGAUCUUAAUAAAUCAAUUAAGGUCAUGAAAAAUCAAUGGUAUAUCAAAAUGAAUAAAACAAUCAAUGGGAUUCAUAAAGAAAUUAAAAAUCCCAUUAAAAAAACUAUAAUUAAAAUGAUAGACACUAAAGAACCUAAAAUUAAAAUAAUUAAGAAUAAAUUAAUGUUCAGUAAAAUCAAUAAUAAAGAUAAAAUAGUUAUGCAUUUCCUUUAGAAUAGUAUGGAAUAUAAGAAUUUUUAACUAAAAAAGACUAAACUUUUUAGAAAAACAUAUAAAAAUAAAUUAUCAAUCCAGUAUAAUAUGAUCUUGAAUAAGUAUAAUCUCCAUAUUAAAAAUAAAGAAAUUUUAGAAAAUAUUAAUAAUAGCAAUAAUACCCAUAACAGUAAUAGUAGUAAUAAUUCUAAUAAUAACAAUAAUAAUAAUCCUUCUAAUAAUAAUAAUAUUAGUUUUCAUAAUAGUAAUAAUUCUUUAAUAACUAAAAACCAAGCGACAAAAAAUUUAGAAACAAUUAAUCUCCUUAAUAAGGAUAUUAUAUGUAAAAAUAACAUUAUUAGAAUCAAUAAGAACCUCACAUAAAAAAACAAAGAAAAUAUAAUCCUUAUCAUGAAUAAUUUGCUAAUAAUUAAAAUUUUAAUUAAAAUUCAAGACCACCAUCUAAUAUGAAUGAUUAACUUUAUUCUUAUUAAGAUGAAAUGAAUAAUCGUUAAAGUCCUUAUAAGAAUCCUAGUUCCUUUUGCAAUAGUCCAAUAAAUUCAUCAAAUUAACCAUCAAAACAAUAAAUGUUUGAAUUUUUUUGUUAGAUGUUCUAUGAUAAGUUCUAGUAGACAGAAUGA